UUUAUCUGGGGGAGGAAGACAGAGUUUGAGGAAAAGUGGCUAAUUAUAUUAUUAAUUAUUAUUAACCCAUUGGAAAGGCCAUUAGGAGGAGGUGACUGGGAGAGUGUAAAAAUUAAAGUUGAAAGAGACUGGGCAGAUGAUGAGAUCAGCGCACUUCUACAUCACCUACCUGUUGUGUGUGAGCCUGGGGAUCCUCAGUGUGAUCUUUGUGCUCUACUGGAGCUUCCGCUGGCGUGGGGGCUUUGCGUGGGACGGCUCCACCCACCAGUUCAACUGGCACCCCGUCUUCAUGGUGACGGGGCUGGUGGUUCUGUACGGAAAUGCCGUGGUGCUGUACCGCAUCCCGCUGACCUGGGGUCAGAACAAGCAGUCCUGCAAGCUGCUGCACGGCGGCUUGCUGUUCCUGGCCAUGCUCCUGGCCAUCCUGGGUCUCUGUGCCGUCUUCGACUUCCACAACAGCAACCACAUCCCCAACCUGUACUCUCUGCACAGUUGGCUGGGCAUCUCCACCGUGACCCUCUUCACUGCACAGUGGAUGCUGGGUCUGUCUGCCUUCGUCCUCCCCUGCUCCCCAAUGGCCUUCCGCAGGCUGCUCAAGCCGGUCCACAUCUGCAUGGGCAGCAUGGUCUUCGUUCUGAGCAUCACUUCCUGCCUCACCGGCAUCAACGAGAAGCUCAUCUUCAUCUCUGAAGGAAAGACCAAUGCAACGCAGCGCUAUUCUGCGCUGCCUCCAGAGUCUGUAUUUGGCAACACACUGGGAGUUCUGAUUGUAGCCUUCGGAUUGGUAGUCCUGAACAUCCUGUCCACUCAGAAGUGGCAGCGGCCGGAGCCACGGUGUGAUGAAACAACUAGACUGUUGAGCCCAGAGGACAUCUAAAGCUUUAACACAUGAGACCUUGCUCUGAAGUUUCCUCAAAUCCACCAGCUUUCAC